CCUAUCCUACCCUUGCUGCUAUGUCGCAGAGCUCAGAAGGGCCCUCGGGGGGUAGCAAUCCCCCCGCCUCCCCCACUCAGGGUGCCGCCGCCUCCACCGAGCCGCGAAUCAUCAAAGUCACGGUGAAGACUCCCAAAGAGAAAGAAGAGUUUGCUGUGUCUGAAACCAGCAGUAUCCGGCAGUUCAAGGAAGAAAUCUCCAAGCGCUUCAAGUCCCACACUGAUCAGCUUGUGUUGAUAUUUGCUGGAAAGAUUUUAAAAGAUGAAGACACCUUGACUCAUCAUGGAAUUCAUGAUGGACUUACUGUUCACCUUGUUAUCAAAACACAAAACAGAUCACAAGACCGCCCAGCUCAACAAGCAAACAGCACUGGGAGUACUGCUACCACAUCAACAUCAGGCAGUAGUACCUCAUCAGCAUCUUCAACAACUAGUAACCCUUUUAGCUUGGGUGGCCUUGGAGGUUUGGCAGGUCUGAAUAGCCUGGGCUUAAGUUCGUCAAACUUUUCAGAGUUGCAAAGUCAGAUGCAACGGCAACUUAUGUCCAACCCAGAAAUGAUGGUUCAGAUAAUGGAAAAUCCGUUUGUUCAGAGUAUGCUUUCAAAUCCUGACCUGAUGAGGCAGUUAAUUAUGGCUAAUCCUCAAAUGCAGCAACUGAUACAGAGAAAUCCAGAAAUCAGUCACAUGCUGAAUAAUCCAGAUAUAAUGAGACAGACACUAGAACUUGCUAGAAAUCCUGCAAUGAUGCAGGAAAUGAUGCGAAACCAAGACCGGGCAUUGAGCAACCUUGAAAGUAUACCUGGUGGAUACAAUGCCUUGCGACGUAUGUACACAGAUAUUCAGGAGCCAAUCUUGAAUGCAGCACAGGAACAGUUUGGAGGUAACCCAUUUGCUUCUUUAGUAAGCAAUGCAUCAACAGGAAGAGACAGUCAGCCAUCUCGUACAGAAAACAGAGAUCCUCUACCAAACCCCUGGGCUCCUCAGUCCAGCUCACAGACAUCCACAACAAAUACUAGCUCCAGUGGUGAGAGUGGUGGCAGUAGUAGUGCUGGAAACAGCACCUCUGGCAGUACGGGACAGAGCUCAACUGUACCAAAUUUGGGACCUGGACUAGGAGCUGGUAUGUUCAACACACCAGGAAUGCAGAGCUUACUUCAGCAGAUAGCAGAAAAUCCACAACUGAUGCAAAAUAUGUUAUCAGCACCGUAUAUGAGAAGCAUGAUGCAGUCAUUAAGCCAGAAUCCUGAUCUUGCAGUACAGAUGAUGUUGAAUAAUCCUUUAUUUGCUGGAAAUCCUCAACUUCAGGAACAAAUGAGACAACAACUUCCAACUUUUCUUCAGCAAAUGCAGAAUCCUGACACAUUAUCAGCCAUGUCAAACCCCAGAGCAAUGCAGGCUUUGCUGCAGAUUCAGCAGGGCUUGCAGACAUUAGCAACAGAAGCACCAGGGCUUAUACCAGGGUUUAAUCCUGGUUUGGGUGGAUUGGGAAGCACUGGAGUUCCUUCAGGGUCCACUGUACCUAGUUCUGUUCCCAGUGAAAAUACAAGUCCAGCAUCGGGAACUGCUGAAUCUGGUCACCAGCAGUUUGUCCAGCAAAUGCUGCAGGCACUUGCUGGUGCAAAUUCUCCGCAGCUACAAAAUCCAGAAGUUCAGUUUCAGCAACAACUGGAGCAGCUGAGUGCGAUGGGCUUUCUGAACCAUGAAGCAAAUUUAGAAGCACUAAUAGCAACAGGAGGAGACAUCAAUGCAGCUAUUGAAAGGCUGCUUGGCUCUCAGCCUUCAUAGCAGUGUUUAACUUGAAAAAAUGUAAUUUAUUUUUGAUAACAGCUUUUAAAUCUUUAAAAUACUUUAUUUCAUUCUGACUCUUGCGAUUGUCUUGUUAUAACUAAAAUUGGUCUGACAUGUUUAAGAUAGAGUACAGUAAUUUUCUUCAAACAGUGGGUAUCAAUGCAUUUUCAUUCUGCAUGCAUCACACUUCUUUUGUUCUGCAUUAUUUGUGAUUUUUUGGGGGUGGGGAACCAAAACAAAACAUUUGGGUGAGCAGGUUUUGUCUGACCUACAACUCUCUGAUUCAUAUAUUACUUAAAUGUUAGCCUUUGGUAGUAAUAUAUAUAGAAUACAAAUUAAAAUGGAAACAAAUUAAUUGAAGCUACAAUUUGUGGGUACCAACACUGCUUAUUGUGAUUUUGGCAUGGGGUUUUUUCUGCUAGCAAAACGCUGUAAGAUUUAUACCACUUGAGUAAUCUACAAAUUUUUGCUUUAAUUUGUAUAAAGUAUAAACAAAAUAUAUAUAAUGGAGACACCUAAUUUCUAGAGAUUCACACAUUGCAAUAGAAUGAGAUUAAAAAUACAGCAAAAAAGCCAGAAAAAAGUUAAAACUUGUUUUGGUGUAGCAUAUGUCAGCAUCUUUGGUAACCAUCUCUGCAAAAAAUGCUUAAGCAAAUUGAGUUAAGAUAUACUAAAAUUGCUGUUCUGGUUAUUUCUUUACAUCUAAUUUUACAGAAAAAUGCAUUGUUGCAUUCUUACAUUGUCUCAAUAUUCACAAAGAUUAACUGUAAACUACCUUUAUCAUUAUGCAGGCUAAAGGGCACUGCCUUGUGCUCUGGAACUGCUUCUAAAGCAUUUGAGGUUGUUCCAUUGAGGUUCUAACAUGUAUUCUGAUUUGUAAUUGGAAACAUUACUUUCAUUCAUGGUCAUGUGAUAUUCUAAUUAUAUUUAGCCACCAUGUAAAAAUAUUGUAUAUCUUUUGAGUUUUCAUUGGUAGUUACUUGUG